AUGGCCGUUCAGCCCGAUGUGAACAUUAACUACGAAAAGGCUAGAUUCAAGGGGGAUGAAUGGAUCAAACAGCUCCUUCAACCGGAUAAUAGAUGGUUCGAGAAAUGGAAGAGCACCGAUUUCCCGUGGAUGUGCGCGAUAUGGACGCCUUACUGUGACGAGGACAGUCUUCAGAUGAUAGUAGACUGGAAUAGCUGGAUAGGCAAAAGCCUGAGUGCAGCACAGGAAGAAAUAAACAGAACUCUUGCUAUCCUUGAUGGCACACGGCCACCAUUCUCCGCCAAAGAAGACCCGUGUGGGUUCAUACUUCGAGAUGUAUGGGAUCGGGUCAAGAAGGUAUAUGCUUUCUUGAGCCCGGAAAGUUUCAAAAUGUAUCGGCUAACUUUUUCUUAUCAGCGCUCGUCUUACGGCACGCAGAAGCGGCUGAGGGAUGCACACUAUAGCUACUUCCAGGGAGUUCUUAAACAGACCCAGGACGCAUUCUAUCAGCGUGAAUUCAUGCGAGAUACUCUAGAGUAUAUCGAAAUGCGGAGAGAUACGAUUGGUGUUUACCCAGCUCUUGUUAUUUGUGAUGUGAACGACGUGAUGUCAUAUAAAAAGGAGCUAUUUGACCAGGCACGAGAUGAGAAAAACGGCUUGAUACCACUUCUAAAAGACCAGGGGCUUUCUACGCAACAAGCUAUGGAUAAAAUCGGGGAGAUUCUGAUUGGUCGUUACAAACGAUGGUAUAAUGUUCUGGCUGAUUUGCCAGUCUGGGGAGAAGAUGUUGAUCGAGAGGUACUGAAAUAUAUCGAUAUGCGCCUCUAUAUGGCUCUUGGGAACCUUCAUUGGAAGUAA